AUGUAGCAGAGGCUGCCGCUGCCCCACCUGUCUCCAAGGUUGCUAUGGAAACAACAGAACAUGAAUUACCUUAUGAUAAGGAAAAUAUGGUGGCUAAAUUUGUACCGGAUUCUUCACCUGAGCUUGUUCACAGACAACCGGAAGCACCAAGGGAAAAUGAUGAGGUAACGGAAAUUCUAGCAGUUAAAUUUCGGAAGGAGGAGAUCGAUGAGGAAACUUUAGCUCUACGUGCUGCGUCCCCGCCUAAAGCCAUCAUUGAUCAACGUACUCUAGAGGCUUAUAAGGAGUUGGAGGAGGAGAAUGAGCAUAUCAAUCAGGAUUUGAAAAAAUUAACAGCGGAACAUAAACGUCUCCAGGAGUCAUAUGAUUCCCUGAAAAAACAACUUUCUACACCAGCACCACCUCCUGUUAUGUACUGGAUGUAG